GUUGAUAUAAAGCCUCCAUCGUCUUCUUCAUACGAACAGAACCCGUCGUCUCUCUAUCUACGCUCCUUGUUUCCGCCAUUUCCUCUUCAUCAGGCCACAGCCACAGGCGUUGGCCUUAGCCAUUAGUUUUCGGGACAAUGAGCUCUGAAAAUGAAGACGCUGCUCCGAGGAGGCGAUUAUCGUGCACCAAGUAUUUUGAUGCGCUCUACUUUUGCUAUUCCCCUUUUCAUCAGAUGCAACAAUACUACCGCGUUGGUGAACUUGACAAUUGUUUCGGAAAAUGGAGUGCUCUCUAUGAUUGCUUAUGUCUCAAGACCAAAAAAGCUUCUGAAGUUGAGAGUAUAUUAGAAGCUCGCGAGAAAGCCCAGACUCAUAUAUGGACCUUUCGGACCCGAAAAGAAGCGGAACACUUUUGGAAUCAGCACUACGGACAUCUGUAUGACGACAAGUAGAAGUUUCUGCUCGUUCAGAAUCUUGCAUCUUUAAUUCUUAUGCCAAUGGUAUUAUCGAUUAAGUGUUCGAAAGAAAACCUGAUCCUGUUCUCAUCAGGUUAGAGAGUAGGACGAGUUACUGAUUUUUCACAUGGCUGGAGUCUUGUUGAAAAGAGGGUUAUGUCAUUUUAACAUGUGCACCUCCAUGGUUUUUUUUAUAUAAAGAGGAUCAACAAUGGUUCAUCUUAUCUAUGUGAUGACUUGAAUCCUCGAUUUAUUAGUUGGAGAUGAAGCAUUUUACCAACUGAGCUUCACCUUGUUGUUAUGUGUACCUCCAUGUUUUGUCUA